AUGUCUGGGAUUAAUGCCGCUGUUGUCAAUGUAAAAACCAAAGGUGCCAAGGCCGAUGGCAAAACCGAUGAUGGACAGGUGAUAUUGAAUGCUUGGAAAGAAGCAUGUGGAGGACCACCACCAAGCUCGGUGUUGAUUCCACCAGGGACUUAUUUGGUAUUUCCGAUUCUAAUGGGUGGUCCAUGCAAGGGUCCGAUCGAGAUAAAGGCAACUGGAGCCACCCUAAAGGCCCCACCCGAGCUAAAAAUAUUUAAAACUGUCAAUACUUGGAUCACUUUCUUGAAUAUUGAUAGGUUGUCCAUAAAUGGUGGAACUUUUGAUGGCCAAGGCCACGACUCAUGGAGGAAUAAAGAAUGUCCCCGUUGCCAAAGACCAGUCAAUAUCGGAUUCUCUAGUGUCAGGAACUCAUUGAUAAAAAACAUAACAUCUGUCAGUAGCAAAUACUUCCACCUUGCGAUAGGGGAUUCGCGUAACAUCAGAAUAGAAAACAUAACCAUUCAUGCACCUGAAAACAGUAGGAACACCGAUGGAAUUCACAUUGGAAGGAUAAAUGACGUCAAUAUCACGAAUUCAAUCAUAAAGACUGGUGAUGAUUGCAUAUCUUUUGGAGAUGGAAGCAAGAACAUCCGUGUGGAGAACGUGACAUGCGGACCCGGACAUGGCAUCAGUGUAGGAAGCUUAGGCAAAUACCCAAACGAAGCACCUGUAAAAGGAAUCUGGAUCAAAAACUGCACUCUCACUGGCACACAGAAUGGAGUGAGGAUCAAGAGUUGGCCUGAUUCUACCUCAACAACUGUUAGUGACAUUCAUUUCGAAGAUAUUGUCAUGGAAAGAGUGGGAAAUCCGAUAAUAAUCGAUCAAGAAUAUUGCCCUGGUCAUACUUGCAAGAAAGGAGGUCCAUCGUCGAGAGUGAAGAUAUCGAAUGUGAGCUUUAGGAAGAUCAGGGGGACAUCUACAACGAAGGUGGCAUUGAAGCUUGCUUGUAGUGCAGGUUUCCCAUGCGAAAACAUCGAGCUGGCUGAUAUCAACUUGACAUAUCAAGGACCUGGAGGAGGACCUGUCACCUCUAAGUGUGAUAAUGUCAAGCCGAACGUCGUUGGACAGGUCGUCCCUGCGGCGUGUUCAGGUGGACCAGUUCAUCCGCGAAUAUGAUCUUGGAAAGCAAUUAGUCAUGGAUAUAAUAUUUUUUUUAAGUGGUGAACGAAUUCUUCAUCAUAGAAACAUAUUCCCCCAUGCCAUGUAAUAGUCUAAGUCAUCAACAUUUAUUGACAUGUACUUUUAAAUUUCUAUAAUAUACUUAGGUUAACU